CAAGCACACCCGACCUGCGAUCGCAGCCGUUGUCAGCGCCGAGGAAAGCACCACAAUGGCCUCAUCUCUAGGCUUCGGCGGCAGCAAUGCCGUCGACAAGGUCAAUGCUACUACCACUCCGGGUACGGUAGCAACCCCUAAUUCGGGGCCCACGAAGAUGCUCGACGAGCACAUCUUGACCCCUGCGUCGAUUAGCACGCUCGAAGUCCAUGGCGCUACAAAUACCAGACGAAGCUUGCUUGAUCAAAUCUUCAAGCCUGUGCUGGAGGACACUGCUGCUGCUGGGACUACCCUUGGCCAGGUCCUCGACCGCGUUGGGGCAGCCACCAAGAAGCUCGCUCGGUUCGACAUCUUCAAGGAGGAAGGGUUCGGCGUUUUCCUGUCUGAAGCCGCCCCGCCCCAGUCAGCCCCGCCGACUGACCGGACCGAUCUGGACAUCUCAAUUCGUGUGAAGGAGAAGUCACGACUGGUGUUCAGCGCAGGUACCGAUUUUGGAAACGCUGAAGGCUCGGCCUACACCAACGCUGUGGUGCGCAAUAUCUUCGGGGGUGCUGAGACCCUCACCGUCAACGCGAGCACCGGCACGCGGACACGGUCCGCGUACAAUGCCACGUUCUCGACGCCCAUCAACGGCAACCCGGACCUUCGGCUCUCUGUUGAAGCACUGCGCUCGGCAACGCAAAAGCCUUGGGCAUCGCACGAAGAGCACCUGACCGGAGCAAACCUCCGACUCGCCUGGUUGACGGAGAAGGGCGACACCCAUGCCUUGGCAUACUCGAGCGUUUGGAGGCAACUCACCGGCCUGGCACCCACGGCCUCGCCCACAGUUCGCGCCGACGCAGGUGACUCCCUCAAGAGCUCGCUGACGCACACCUUUACGCGCGAUCGCCGCGACAACCCGAUGCUGCCGCAGAGCGGAUAUCUCUUCCGCUCCGUUUCCGAGCUGGCGGGCUGGGGCCCUCUGAACGGCGAUGUUUCCUUUGCCAAGACCGAGGUGGAGGCGUCGGGCGCGCUGCCCGUCGCGAUCCCCGGCCUGGCAGGCAAGUCGGGUGUCUCCGUCGGAGGCGGUCUCCGCCUAGGCGUCUUAUACCCGCUACCAUUGGGCUACUCCCUCACUGGCGCGGCGCAGCCGAGCCGCAUCAAUGACCGUUUUCAGCUCGGGGGGCCGAAUGAUGUUCGCGGGUUUAAGAUCGGCGGCCUCGGCCCGCACGACGGCGUUGAUGCGGUUGGCGGAGACGUCUUUGCCGCCGGAAGCGUAAACGCGCUCCUGCCGCUGCCUCGCACGGGACCCGACUCGCCCCUGAGACUGCAGCUCUAUGCGAAUGCGGGGCGCUUGGUAGCGCUCAACAGCAAGGGCACGGAUAAGGAGGGGAAGGAGGGACUGGCGAUGGACUCGGCGGCCGUCUUCAAGGGAGUGAAGUCGGCCGUCGGCAAGCUCACCAACGGAAUCCCGAGCUUGGCCGCCGGUGUCGGGCUGGUGUAUGCCCACCCUGUUGCGCGAUUCGAGCUGAACUUCAGCUUGCCUCUGGUGCUGCGAAGAGGCGAGGAGGGACGAAAAGGAUUGCAGGUUGGUGUGGGUAUCAGCUUCCUCUAAGAAAUGACGAACCGAGCGGUCCAGCGGCAUUUUAUACUCGUACAGAAAUGUACCAUUAUAGCAACUAUCCCAUUCCCUUCUUAAG